ACUACCUAUACCACUGAAAUCACCACUGGUUCAGUUCCUACUACUGAAGUCGUUGUUGUCACUACUACUCCAAUAUUGUCUACUACAACUUCAACCGGCAGCACACCAACCACUUAUACUACUGAGAUUACUACUGGUUCAGUUCCAACCACUGAGGUUGUUAUCAUUACCACUACUCCAGUAUUGUCUACUACCACCAUACCUGGUUCUUCUCCAACUACCUAUACCACUGAAAUCACCACUGGUUCAGUUCCUACUACUGAAGUCGUUGUUGUCACUACUACUCCAAUAUUAUCUACUACAACUUCAACCGGCAGCACACCAACCACUUAUACCACUGAAAUUACUACUGGUUCAGUUCCUACUACUGAAGUCGUUAUUAUUACAACUACUCCAGUAUUGUCAACUACUACAAUCCCUGGUUCUUCUCCAACUACAUAUACUACUGAAAUCACCACCGGUUCAGUUCCAACCAGUGAGGUUGUCGUUGUCACCACCACUCCUGUAUUAUCCACCACCACCAUUCCAGGAACUUCUCCAACCACCUACACUACUGAAAUUACUACUGGCUCAAUUCCAACCACUGAAGUUGUUGUUGUAACCACCACACCAGUAUUAUCUACCACCACUUCAACCGGUAGCACACCAACCACCUACACUACCGAGAUUACCAUUGGUUCAGUUCCUACUACUGAAGUGGUUAUUAUUACAACCACCCCAGUAUUGUCAACUACUACAAUUCCAGGUACUUCUCCAACCACUUAUACUACUGAAAUUACUACUGGUUCAAUUCCAACCACUGAGGUUGUCGUUGUCACCACCAGUCCAGUUUUGUCUACUACUACAAUUCCAGGAACUUCUCCAACCACUUAUACUACUGAAAUUACCACCGGUUCAGUCCCAACCAGUGAGGUUGUCGUUGUAACCACCAGUCCUGUAUUAUCAACCACCACCAUUCCAGGUACUUCCCCAACCACUUAUACUACUGAAAUUACCACCGGUUCAGUUCCUACUACUGAAGUUGUCGUUGUAACCACCAGUCCAGUUUUGUCUACUACUACCAUCCCAGGUACUUCACCAACUACUUACACAACUGAAAUUACUACUGGUUCAAUUCCAACCACUGAGGUUGUCGUUGUCACCACCAGUCCAGUUUUGUCUACUACUACCAUUCCAGGAACUUCACCAACUACUUAUACCACCGAAAUUACUACUGGUUCAAUUCCUACUACCGAAGUCGUUGUUGUCACUACAACUCCAUUACCAACCACCACUAUCCCUGGUACAUCCCCAACCACAUACACCACUGAAAUCACUACAGGCUCCGUCCCAUUCAGUGAAGUCGUUGUUGUCACCACAUCAGGACCAUGGAAAAACACCACCUUGGGAACCACUACCAGUGCACCACUUACCGAUCCUGUUACCAAAACUGCCACUUUAACUGACAUAAUUACCGUUCCAUGUGAUAGCUGUCCAGGGGGAGUGAACAUGGUGACAUCCACUCAUGUAACCACCAUGACAGUUCCAUGUGAUAAAUGUACCAAAGGUACUAACACCGAUAUUCCUGCUAUCACUGAUUCUUCAAACAACGAUAACGGGGAAUCCAAUGGUAAUGGUAGUGGCUCUAAUGGAUCAUCGAACGAAGGUGAAGGAAGCGGUUCAGCUGGUGAAGCAAGCUCAUCCUCUGCAGGAACAGUCAGUACUUACGAAGUUCUUGAAGGUGGUGCUUCAUCCAAGGCAAUCACUUCAAUUGGACUUAUCCUUGCCAGUUUCUUCUGGUUUGUUUGA